AGUGCCUCUGAGGAACGGAGGCAGCAGCAGGAAGUAAAACCCUGCUGUUCGGCAUAGCUUUAGUUUGCUCAUAAACUUGAUCAGAUCUGUCGGUUUUCACAUUUUUUAAAAAUGGACAGUCAAGGCAGGAAAGUGGUGGUUUGUGAUAACGGGACUGGGUUUGUGAAGUGUGGCUAUGCAGGUUCCAACUUUCCAGAGCACAUCUUCCCUGCGCUGGUGGGCAGGCCUAUCAUUCGCUCCACAGCUAAAGUUGGCAACAUUGAGAUUAAGGAUCUGAUGGUGGGUGAUGAGGCGAGUGAGCUGCGCUCCAUGCUGGAGGUGAACUACCCAAUGGAAAAUGGCAUUGUCAGGAACUGGGAUGACAUGAAACACCUGUGGGACUACACAUUUGGUCCAGAGAAACUAAACAUUGACUCACGCAACUGCAAGAUUCUCCUUACUGAGCCUCCCAUGAAUCCCACCAAAAACCGUGAGAAGAUCAUUGAGGUUAUGUUUGAGACAUAUCAGUUCUCAGGGGUGUAUAUUGCCAUUCAGGCUGUGCUCACAUUGUAUGCUCAAGGUCUAUUAACUGGAGUCGUGGUGGAUUCAGGUGACGGUGUCACACACAUUUGCCCAGUAUAUGAAGGGUUCUCUCUUCCUCAUUUAACUCGCAGGCUUGAUAUAGCAGGGAGAGACAUCACUCGAUAUCUUAUAAAGCUACUGCUUCUGCGAGGCUAUGCUUUCAACCAUUCAGCAGAUUUUGAAACUGUGCGCAUGAUGAAGGAGAAACUCUGUUAUGUAGGAUACAAUAUCGAGCAGGAGCAGAAGCUUGCUUUGGAGACUACUGUGCUGGUGGAAUCCUACACGCUCCCUGAUGGCAGAGUGAUAAAGGUUGGAGGGGAGAGGUUUGAGGCACCUGAGGCUCUUUUCCAGCCUCACCUGAUUAACGUGGAGGGAGUGGGAGUGGCUGAGCUGCUCUUCAACACCAUUCAGGCAGCAGACAUCGACACCAGGGCUGAGUUCUACAAACACAUUGUUCUCUCAGGCGGUUCUACCAUGUAUCCAGGCCUGCCAUCUCGACUGGAGAGGGAGCUUAAGCAGCUUUAUCUAGAGCGAGUGCUUAAAGGGGAUGUGGACAAGCUGUCUAAAUUUAAGAUCCGGAUUGAGGAUCCUCCACGGCGCAAACACAUGGUGUUCCUAGGUGGAGCUGUGCUGGCCGACAUUAUGAAGGACAAGGAUAACUUCUGGCUGACAAGGGAAGAGUAUCAGGAGAAGGGUGUGCGCGUGCUUGAGAAGCUUGGUGUCACAGUCAGAUAAACUGUUAGUGUCUGCUAAACCCUCUGCGUCCUCUCCACACUCCCGCCUAUAGGAUAUCCAGAGCGUCUGUCCAGCUGUGUGUCACUCGUACUCUCACCUCCUGCAUUCUGCUACUCGUGCCACAGAGUCACAUGAUCACUUUUGGGAAGGACAUACCGGGAGAUGUAUUAGAGCAACUGGGGAGGGAGGUGAGGAGUUUGGCAUCUAUAUCUAUGGGGCUCUCUGUUAUUAUCCAUAUGCACCAGAUUGAGUUGUCACAAGCAGUCAUUUAAACUUAUGUCAGCGUUUGUCUCACACAAAACAAAGCCGGUCUUCUGCAGUAUUGCAGUGAAAAAUGAGUUUUUCAUCUCUAUAAAAUGAGCCUCAUCACCACUUUAAUGCAUUAUGAUACAAACAGAUAAAAAUGGAAAAGCCUUCUUGUGACAGCUCACACAGUACUGGCAUGCCUGCCCAUUAAAGUAAGAAAUGUUUUGCCCACUAUAGAAUUUUUGUUAAGGCAAAGACAAUGUGGGGUGAAACUGAAACACUCGGUUCAGUGAUGGUUCUUUGUUUUCUUUUCUGUGUACAUUAACAUUGAACUUUCUCUGUGUGAGGGGACCCACUAAGCACUUCUCAGUCUCUCCCCAUCAUCCACUCUCCUUGUCCAGGUGUCAAGUGCUUGUCAUUAAUGAGUCCUUGUGCUCAGGGUUUUGGUGUGUUGGGCUAAAAUUAAUUUUGUAUUUUUCUAUUUUUCAGCCAAUUCCAUUUUUUUUCUUUACUUUAUCUAAAGCUCUAAAGUAUUUACAGAAAGAUCCCUUUAAAAUGGGCAUUAGCCAGGUUUUCAUCUUUCGUUUUCAUCUUCAAGCUUUUUCCAGAAGAUGGUCACACACACACACACACACACACACACAUAUAUAUAUAUAUAUAUAUAUAUAUAUAUAUAUAUAUAUAUAAAUGAGGAAAUUGUUAAGCCUUUCUUUGCGCCUUUUUGCAUUAAAUUUGUUUUUUGCAGUGCAUUAUUCAGACUAUCUGGCAUAGAAUGCAACAGUGUGUAGUCUUGUAAAGUUAAGACAAAAUGAUUACAUGUUAAAGGGAGCUGCUUUGUAAUUGAAGGGGAAAUCUACAGCUGAUGCUUUUGAAAUAAUAGAUAUGGAAUGGACAGACAUGAUUUUUUUUUCUUGUUUGAGUGUCCUGGCCUCAUAUAUACUUGAGGCAUCUCAUGUUGUCUGUAUGUACAUUUCCAUAAAUGUUUAUCUGGUGCCAAGGGCAGUUGUUGUGGCUGGAUCUUUGCUCUUUUUUUGAUCAUAGCAUAACUGCCUAAUGCUGAUUUAAAUAAAGACCAUGAUUUCUAAAUAA